AUGAAUAUCCUUGUAGUUUUCUUCACAUUUUCUCUCUUGAUUCCCCUCAGUUACACCGCCAUUGAAUUCGACUAUUGUGUAGGAGAUCCUAAACUCCCCACAUCACCAAUCGGGUAUUCUUGUAAAGACCCUGCUCAAGUCAUAACAGAUGACUUUGUUUACACUGGUUUUCGUGGCGAAAUAACCACCGCAAAUAUAUUCAAAGCUAAUGUGACAUUUGCAUUUGCGAAUACAUUCCCAGCUUUGAAUGGUUUAGGUAUAGCUAUGACUAAGGCAGAAAUCGGUGUAGGUGGAGUUAUACCAGCUCAUACCCACCGAACAACAGAAAUUAUUGUCGUACUUAAAGGGUCAAUAAUUGCAGGAUUCGUUGACACAAACAACACUGCAUAUUAUAAGAGACUUGAGGUUGGAGACGUUAUGGUUUUUCCUCCGACAAUGAUUCAUUUCCAAGUGAAUGUUGGUAAAACUCCGGCUAGUCUAUACGCUAGCUACAAUGGCGCAAACCCAGGGGUCCAACUCAUUUCCCCCGCCUUAUUUGCUAGCAAAAUACCUACUGAACUCGUUGCACGAAUCACUUUUAUUAGUCCUCUUGAGAUAACGAGGAUUUCAAAGAUUCUUUUUGGCACUGCUUAA